UUUAAAUAAAUCAAACUUAAUGUCUUUUAUGAAUUAUUUUUGCGAAUAACAAGGAAAACUUCAUCAGUUUUCAAUUUACUAGUAUUUGACGUGUACUUAGACAACAAAAGUGUGUUAAUUAAAAUAAAUUAAAAUGACUUUGGAAGUAUUAAAAGAUCCAGCACUCAUUUCCGCUAGCAGCAUUUUUUAUUUUUUAUUGCUGCCCACCAUUACACUGUGGUUCAUUUAUUGGCGUUUAUCUAGAAGCCAUUUAUAUGGGCUAGCCGCAAAGCUUCCUGGUCCGAAAGGAUUACCUAUUGUCGGACAUUUAUUCGAUUACGUGGGGCCCGCAUCGUCUGUUUUCAAAACUGUCAUACGGAAAACUGCAGAAUUUGAACAUGUCGCUAAAAUGUGGAUUGGACCCAAACUGGUGGUAUUUAUUUAUGAUCCCAGAGAUGUCGAAGUUCUGCUCAGCAGUCAAGUAUAUAUCGACAAAGCAUCGGAAUACAAAUUUUUUAAACCCUGGUUGGGUGAUGGUUUACUAAUCAGUACAGGCUCGAAAUGGCGUUCCCAUCGCAAAUUGAUUGCACCCACAUUCCAUCUGAAUGUCUUGAAGAGUUUCAUUGAUUUAUUUAAUGAGAACUCACGCAAUGUUGUGCGUAAACUGCAAGCCGAGGGUGGCAAAACGUUUGACUGUCAUGAUUACAUGAGCGAAGCAACUGUGGAGAUUCUCCUCGAAACCGCUAUGGGUGUAUCAAAGAAGACACAAGAUAAAUCCGGCUAUGAAUAUGCAUUAGCUGUUAUGAAAAUGUGUGACAUAUUGCACAUGCGUCACCGUAGUCUAUUUCUGCGCAAUGAGUUUCUAUUUACACUCACCAAGCACUACCAGAAUCAAGGCAAACUACUUGGCAUCAUACAUGGUCUGACUACAAAAGUCAUCAAAAGAAAGAAGGAAGCCUUCGCGAAAGGAACACGUGGCUCUUUAGCAUUAAAUGACUUAGAAAAACCGAUUGAAGAAAAAAACCAGCAAAAAUCCAAUAUUGUUGAGGAAGAGAAAACUGAAAAGGAAACAACUGUGGCAGGAUUAUCGUUUGGUCAAGCGGAAGGUUUGAAAGAUGAUUUAGAUGUUGAUUACAAUGAUGUGGGUGAAAAGAAACGCUUGGCAUUCCUCGAUUUAAUGCUGGAAAGUGCACAAAAUGGUGUGGGAUUAACCGAUACAGAAAUCAAAGAACAAGUAGAUACCAUUAUGUUUGAGGGACAUGACACAACAGCAGCCGGUUCAUCAUUUUUUCUCUCGCUUAUGGGUAUACACCAAGGUAUACAGGAUAGAGUUAUAGCAGAAUUGGACGAAAUAUUUGGUAAUUCAGAUAGACCUGCUACCUUUCAAGAUACUUUAGAGAUGAAAUAUUUGGAACGAUGUCUAAUGGAAACGUUACGUAUGUAUCCACCCGUGCCGUUGAUUGCACGAGAGAUACAUGAAGACUUAAAAUUACCUUCAGCUAACUAUGUCAUACCUAAAGGUGCAACAGUUACUGUCACUACAAUAAAAUUGCAUCGCAAUCCGAAUAUUUAUCCUAAUCCAAAUAUAUUCGAUCCAGAUAAUUUCUUACCAGAACGUCAAGCAAAUCGACAUUAUUAUGCAUUCGUACCAUUCUCGGCUGGACCAAGAAGUUGUGUGGGUCGUAAAUAUGCAAUGUUGAAGCUUAAAAUUUUACUAUCCACAAUUUUGAGACAUUAUCGUGUUUAUUCAGAUUUAACAGAAGCCGAUUUUAGACUUCAAGCCGACAUCAUUUUGAAACGUGAAGAAGGUUUCCGUGUGCGUCUUAAGCCUAGAAAAACACUACACACAGCAAAAUAGAUUAUAAUAUAUAAUUUUUUUGUGCAUUUAAUCACAUUUUUUUAAUUUAAAUAAA